AGAUGGACUAACUACCGUAUGUAGUGUGUUUUGAUUGAUAGUGCUAGGGGCUCUCCAUCUGGAAGCACCCAAGGGCUCAAUGAGUAGUGAUAUGCUGAGAAAGUAGGAAGGAAGAUAACAUAUCUUUUUUCUGUUCUAGGCAGGAUUUCACAUAAAUCAAUGGAAAAUAAAGUAUUAAGUUUCAGCUGGGCUGAUUCUUGUCUGUAAAACAAGACAAUCCAUCAGCUGAUACAGAAAAGCUGGCAAACAUGACAUUUCAAUCAUGAGGGCUUUAGCACUUGUGCCAGUGACAUAUUUGAUUAAGAAAGGCACUGUAGCCCAUAUUUCAAAGGUCGCUGUUGUCGUAUUGAAAGCAUUUUCAAACUGGUUUAUAGUCCAGAGUAUCAACAGCAUGGAAGCUUUCAAGUUUCUCUCUAUUCUGGCUGUAUUUUGCACGUUUUGCCAAAGAGCUACGACAUGUGGCUUGUCAACACACAUUGAAAUAGCUCACAGAGCUUUGGAAUUUUUCACGAUACAAGAGGGAAAUGUUGAUUAUCGUAAGUUAUUACUUACCCACCAAGAUGCAUACCAGGCUGGAAGCCUUUAUCCUGAUGCCUUUUAUUCUAGUGUCUGCAAGAAUGGACGAUUCCAUCAAGUCUCUGAAGACACUCAUUGGGCACCUUUUCUCAAUACCAGUAUCCACUACAUCAGAAAGAACUAUCCACUGCCCUGGGGAGAGGCUACAGAGAAACUGGUGGCUUUCCUUUUUGGAAUUGCUUCUCACAUGGUGGCAGAUGUGAGCUGGCAUAGUUUGGGGAUUGAACAAGGAUUUCUUCGGGCCAUGGCAGCUGUUGAUUUUCAUGGCUCAUAUUCAGAAGCUCAUGCUGCUGCCGAUUUCGGCGGAGAUGUGUUAAGCCAGUUUGAGCUUGAUUUUAGUUAUUUGGACCCAAGAUGGUAUGUACCUGUGAAAGAUUUAUUGUCAAUCUAUGAGGAAUUGUACGGCCAGGAAAUGAUAACUGAAAAUGCUAUUGUUGACUGCACAUACCUGCAGCUUCUUGAAUUGUAUGGUGAAAUCAGUGUUGUUGCUAAGCUUUACCCCUUCUAUGCCGGGAAGUCCCCAUUUUUGGUGGACAAAUUCCAUGAGUAUUUUCUUGGUGGUGUGGAUGAUAUGGCAUUCUCAUCAAAUAACAUUUUCCAAUCAACAAGUCAAAUGCUAACAAAUGGGACCAGUGAUUGCUUUAUUCCAGAGAAUCCUCUGUAUAUACAAUGUAAAGAUGAGCAGAGGACUACUGUUGGGUUCAAACAGUUCAAAACUGAGCACCACAGAAAAUUAACUUCUUCACUGACCAAAUCAGUUGAAAAGAAUGUCAGCUAUACAGAGAGAGGAGUUUAUUUUGACACUCCACCUUGGGCAAUAAAUUAUCUUCAGUUCAGGAAUACUGUCACUGCAAAGAAUUUGAGGAGUAUGUGGGGAGUUCUAGAGCAACCGUCUUCUAAACACAUCACCCAGCCCAGUGCUUCAUAUUUUCUGAAAACUGCAUAUGCUAGACUUGGCUGGGCGAUGAGUUCAGCUGACCUGAAUCAGGACGGAUAUGAUGAUCUAGUAGCUGGAGCCCCAGGCUAUAGCCAACCGGGACACAUUCAGACAGGACGCGUAUAUAUUGUUUAUGGUAAUCAAUCAGGUUUGCCUCAUAAAGACUUGGACCUAGACCAGGAAGCAGAUGAAAUACUGGAGGGGAGUCAGCCUUCAGGAAGGUUUGGUUCUGCCAUCGCAAUUCUGGACUUCAAUGAGGAUGGCGUAUUGGAUCUUGUGGUGGGAGCGCCAUCUGUAGGAUCGCAGGAGCUCAGUUAUAAGGGCUCUGUAUAUAUAUACUUCGGCAAUAGAGGAGGAAGUUUCCACAACCUACCAAGUAUUACCAUAGUUUGUCAAGAAAUCUACUGUAAUCUUGGCUGGUCACUGCUGGCAGCUGAUGUUGAUGGAGAUGGAAAUAAUGAUCUCGUGGUUGGCUCUCCUUAUGCACCUGGCGGUGGAAAACAAAGAGGAUUUGUGGCUUCCUUUUAUUCAUUUUUCAACAGAAGCAGCCAAGACCAGCUGUUCGUAUCAGAUGCUGACUGGAUAGUGAAAGGAGAAAAGGAUUAUGCCUGGUUCGGAGCAUCACUCAGCAGUGUUCAGCUUCAGAAUAUGACCUUGCUGCUUAUUGGCAGUCCUUCUUGGAAAAGCUGUUCAAGUCCAGGCUGCUAUUUCUCCCAAGAUACCAAGCAGGCUGUUGGAAGGGUAUAUGGCUAUAUCCCACCAAGCACACGAAGCUGGUUUACUUUAACUGGAGACAGGGACAGGGGGAAACUUGGUUCAUCUUUGGCUACUGGUUUCCUUUCUAUAGAAGGAAUCCCUAGGCAAGUGUUGGUCGUUGGUGCACCCACACAAGACAGCAAAUCUAGGGUUACUUUUAUAACCUCAGUGCUGUACCAAGCAGGAACUGCUCUGAUGUAUGGUUUGACGGAGAAUGGCAAGCCUUAUCUGCUCAGCACUUUCAGCGGGGACAGGAGAUAUUCACGCUUUGGAGGAGAUGUGCACUUACAUGACCUGGACAAUGAUGGACUUGAUGAAAUCAUUAUGACGUCACCUCUUCGAAGUAAACACACAAUGCCUGUACUGUUUGAAGAGGAGGCUGCACGUGUUUACAUAUUUAGUGGAAACCAGACCACCUUGGGUGAUGUGACGGACCACUGCAGAUCAUGGAUUUCCCCUUGUCCUGAAGACUGGGCAGAGUAUGUCAUAAUUUCUCCUGAGGAAAAAUCAAGAUUUGGGAGUGCUGUGAUUACAGUACAAUCUGGACAAAAGAAUGAAGUAAUAGUAGCUGCUGAGAGAAGUUCAGUAAAAGCACGGCUUAGUGGAAGGAUUUUUCUCUACACCUUUUAAUUGCCACACUUCCUCAUUGGGUCUCUUUUCAGCAAGAAACUAUAACAUAUACUCUGUUGAACUGACAUGUGAACAACACUGACCUUUUUAAUUAAUGAGAGCUGAGAUCCACCUCUUAAAUUAGUGUUGCCCUGUUUAUAUUUCCAUUCUAAAGGCAAUAAUGAACAAAAGUUAGAACUUCAUUUUGUGGCUUUUCACCAUUCGCUGUUUCAACUGCUGCAUGAAAACCCGCAUCACAUAUACAGCCGUAUUUUUUGCAAUAUACUGUACAAUUUAGUGCAUUGGAGAAGACCAAAUGAAUCCAGAACUUGUGGAGUUACACAAAAAACAGUUUGGCAUAAAUGACACACAUUCCCCCCUCCCCUUCUGCAAUUAAUAUUGGCCAUGAUUCAAAAAUAACCAAUCCUUCAACCAGUGCUUAGUGAGAUGGUUUCAUUUCAAGUUAGACCAAACUCAUUUACAGAUGUCUGAAAAGAAGUGGGAUGGCAUCACACCCUAGUUUGGGCACUGUCUUUCCCUCGGUUAUGAAAUGGGUCCAAGUACUACCAUUAAUAUGCCGGUAAAGGCAGUCCUUGAGCAUCCCUGUUAUCUGCGCACCAUGGGGUUGAGGGAGUAUUUAACAUGUUCUCCCCAAAGCUGAACAGGCAGUUGAUGCUGCUGUUUCCUAAUGUACAGGGAUUUUUAAAGCCACUAAAUGCAGGCCGUGGUAUUUCCUAUUCUAUAAGCUAUCUGACAGUAACAAGGGAAUUACCUGUAUUAAAAUACUUUCAAAACACUUAAUGUAUGGAACUGCACAUCAGGUAUUUGUUAAAUUCAACAAGAUUUGGAAGUUGACUCCAAGAAUAUUAGCUAUUUAGAGAAUUCCUGCGUUUCUACAACUAUUUACAUAGCUUCUGUAGCUCAGCGAUAGGGCACAGGCUUUUCGUAUCAAAGGUCCUAAUUUUAAUUCCCGGUAUUUCUAAUUAAAGGGAUCAGGCAAAAAGAUCUUUCUGCUGGAAACCCUUGAAAGAUGCUGCCAGCCAUUACAGAUAAUACCAGGCUGGAUGAACAAAUAGUCUGAUGUGGUAUAAUACAGCUUUCUAUGUUUCUAUUCAAUUGCAAUCUCAAUUUCCUCUACACGUCAAAAGUUGUUCAGAUUUUCUGUUAUUUAGGUUAAUUAUUGAUGUACUACAAUGUGCUAUCUCUAAAAUUCCAAGACAAUGUCUGAAUCAUUACCUCAUCCCAUGUUUAAUGCAAGUAAUAAAAGCUGACAUUCCUGUUUGUGUAGCAUUUUA